CUCCGCCCCGCCCCAGCGCGCGAGAGCGCUGCCGCGCGCGUCCGCCGUGGGUCUCUCGCGCCGCCAUGGUGCGGAGUAAGCGCGCUUCGCUGCUGCCGCCGCUGCGCGGACGUCCGCCUGCAGUCAAAGCUGGAGGUAUGAGAGUGCCUAAAAAGCAUGAAUACGGACCUGUUGGGAAAAAUGCUAAACCCCCAGGAAAAGAUAAGACAAGUGCUAUUGCCAGUUUUGCAAAACCUCAGAACAUGGGUGUCUUGGUAGCAGAAGCCCUGAGCAAAAUGAACCAUAAAAUUAAUGCAGCAGCAUUACAGGUGGCUCAACAAAAGCCUCAGCCUGCCUUGGAGAAGUUCAUACUGCCUAAGAGAAUUUACAUUAUUCAACAGCCACGGAAAUGUUAAGAUACUCAUAAAAUACUCAUGUUUACUUAAAGUGAGUUUCUAUUCUAAAUAGCACUUUGUGCACUGUGGUGAAAUGGUCAGAAACUAUGUGCCUUGUAUCUCACUGUAUUUUUGUUACGGUCAAUAAAAUACUUUAUAAGAAGAGUCACUAAAUGUACUUAGGAUUUAUUAAAAUACCAUGGUGUAUGUCUAAUCUGGUUUUACUAGUGUACAGUAAUUACACAAUGCCAAGAAAUCUAACAGCUUCCCUUACUGUGUGAAUUUUGACUGAAGUACUAGAAACUGUCAGCCCCCUUUUUUUUUUUUUUUUUAUUUUUUAAUUUUUUAUUUUAAUAAUAGCAAAGCUGAAGUGAACAUGAUCCUAAGUAAGCAGGCCACAACUGAAAGGCAUGUUUCUUUUUGUUUUAAUUUAGGCUGAGGUGUUCCAUGCUGAAUGUAUGCCUUAGGCAUACUGCAUAAUAAGAAACUUGAACAAGUCCUGGGAAAGAUUUCCAUGCAGUGGAAAAAAUACCUUUUUCCUUGCAUUUCUUUCUGUAAAGAAAUCUGAUUCCUUUCCUGAGAUCCAAACAGUAGGAAGAACGAAGUGAAAACAGUCUGGUUUUUUGAAUCCCUCUGGGGUUGGGGAGGAUGAGUGAGGGAAGUACCUGACUUAGAGUUGAACCUCUGGGAUGAAAGGACAGACAUGGAGGAGGAGGAAGAGUCAAGGUGCAGGCAGUGAUUUGAGUAUGGAGUUUAAGGUUGGUAGAAGGGCAUAUGGGCCUGAAAAGCGAUGAGACUGAGCAUGGACUGGUAGUAAAACAAGCUUAAUAAUGGGGAGGAGCAAUUAUAAAUACAAGUUCAGGCAGUACCCUUUAGCCUUGCCUGCUUAUGCUGUCAGCAAAAGACAGUAGAAAUAGUCAGUCCUGCCCAGUCCAGAGGAUCAUACUCUCAUACUGCUAAUUGUUUGGUUGGGUAGCUCAGCUGACUUCUUGCUCUGAAUUUAAUUCUGCUGGGACUGCUCUUCGGUUUGGUUGGUUUUUUUUCUUUAUUAAAGUAGUGCUUGCAGGUGAAUAUGCCAUUAAAAAUGUAGUCAAGGGGUCCAAAUAGACACAAUAGGGAAGGUAAUGCUCAAAAAUGUUUAUAUUGUCAACGAGGCUUCUUUUUAUUGUGUGCUUUCCAGAUGACUGCAGUGGAAAGCUAUUACAAACAUAUGAAACACUCUCCCUUUUACACAGAGGGAUCCCAGGUGGGUUACCCAGAAUUAGUGUUACCAUUUAACAUGAAUGUCUGCUUUGUUUCAUCCAUCCAUAAAAUGUAAAUAACUUUAUAUGUUGAUUAAAGAUUAAAUUAUGAUCACAGGAGGUGGUGAUUAGUAGUAUGUGCAAUAAACAAUUUGGUUACACCUUGAAUAAGUAGGAAAGAUUAAAAUAUUGCUGCUCCUACGAAGACUGCUGGGGUUUUUUUCCCAUAUUUCUUAACUGACUUGUAAAGCUUGACUUAAGCUACUCGUAAAAUAUUGUCGCUGUUAUUGGGACAACAACAGCAGUAAUAUACUUUAUGGAUAUUUAAGUUGUAGGUACAUGAUUUGGAAAACAUCUAGUUCUGCCUUUAUAUAUCGUGCACUUUAUAUAUAUCACUGCCUGGGCUGACUGUAUAUAAAUGAGUAUCAAUAUGAAUAUAAAUUAUUUGAGUUAAAGCUGUCCAUAUGUGAAUUGAUUUAUUCAUGCUAUCAAGGCCAAAAAUAGCACUGUGCACUGUAGUACGUUAGUGCUUCCUACAGAAAGACUGUUAGUAAAAUCUGUAUAAUUCUAAUCUUUAUCCUUUUUGUUUCUGAGGGCCUUCAUGAACAUUUCUUUCUAUAAAAUAAUCUGCUGCUGAAAAUUUAUUUAUAUUCUGGCCAAGGGUUUAAUGCAAAGUGAGAUCUUGCGGGAAAAGGAUUGUCUCUUCCAGAGUUACAUCCAGCCUUCCCCUGGAUGCUAGAUUAACUAGACACUCAAUUGUUCUGGCCAAUUUGUGCUUAACGCACACCUCAGUAGAGAAACCAUUUGGAUACCCUUUCCUGGUGCCUGGAAGAGAUGGGACUUCUGGUACACUAAUGAAGUGGGUAACUUGCACCCCGCUGUGGAGGAAGUUGCUUCCCGCUGUGAGGAGUUACUCAAAUACUGUGGGAAUGGAGGUACCUGGGAUCCUUAUUUCUACCUUAUAUCCCUAGUGUGGUUGGAAAAAUUACUAGCUGUGUGCAGAUUGCUCGGUGGGAAUUCAACCUGUUACUGCAGUGCUUCAUCACUGCAGCUGUGUAAACACCAUGUUGUGAUGCAAUGUUAACGUGGCUGGAAGUAGCAGUGAAUAAACCAAUGGAUCUGA